AUGCUCGGCGCGCGGGGAUCCCCCACGACGAGGCUGCGCUUGCCGCCUGAGGCCAGGUCCCUCUGUCGCAUGUGGCUCCCGGGCCACCUGGUCGUUGCUACCUGCCUGGGGCUCCGGGGCAUUCUUGGGGCAAAGAGUGCAGGUUUCAGGGAGAGCCGCGGGAGAGCUGCCGCCACCGCGCACCUGGAAGGCCAGGCCACAGGGGAGUCCGCGAAACACGCGGGGCCACUGGGGAGUGCGGACUCGGGAGAGGGCGCAAGCGGAAACUGGCCGUGGCAGGAGAAAUGGACUGUCCACGGCUCAGGCCUGGGCAGGGUAGCGGGAAUACGAGUGGGCAAACGGAGGGCCACGCGUGGUGGCAGCUGGAUUUCGGAGGUGCGCGAAGAUCAGAGCCCUGAGUCUGGGCAGCGCGCGGGCCGCGGGGGAAAACGCGAAUGGAGCGUUCAGAAGGUGAGGUCGUGGACGGGCUCGGAGAGGCGGCAGGACGGCGCGCCAAGGGCACGCACGAGCCGGGGCGGCUGA